AUGGCUAGGUUCCUUCUCUUACCUUUAGACUUAUUCCAUGGAAGCGUAGAUGGAUACUAUCUUAAAUUUAGGAACUUGCACAAACCUGUAGUUUCUUUUAUAAAGAAGUUAAUGCAGAAUGACAAUUAUAGCAUGGCAAAUGACUUCUUUGCAGAAAGUACAUUUCGUGUGGAUUAUGUUGUGUUCCAGAACAUUAGGGUAGAUGUCAACUCAGAUUCAGGAUUUCCAACAUUCGUGACUUUUCUCUCUGAGGUGGAGUCCCCAUAUGAAGUCCAUGACUACAUCCGUUCAUAUUUAGGGGACAGCAAGGAAGUGAAGGAAUUUGCUAAGCAAUACCUGGAACGGCGAAGUAAAGCUCGCAAUGCACAGAAGGAACGGGAGGUGGAGGAUGAUAUCCUUGCUCCUGCUCCUGCUGUGAAUCCAACUAGCACAGAGUUCCAGGAAGUUAAGGCUCGAAGCAAGAAGGCCAAUAAGAAGAAAAUGCAGAAGGUUGACAACAGUAUUCUUGGAUUCAGUGUAACCUCCAAUGAUCGCAUUAAUGUUGGGGAGCGUGACUAUGCAGACUAAUGGCGGGUUGAAGUUGUGAUAGCAAUGAACAGUGAUUGGGUGCUGGAAGUGACUGAGACGGGAUUAUAACCUUUACCUUGUGGGCCCUUCACCCUCAGGGAUGCCUGGCUGUAACAUGUGGCUGUGUUUGUACCACAUCAUGUUGCACACUCAAAAUUAAAGAAAAUCUGUUUCAUUGAUA